UUGGGGACGGGGCAGUGAGUGUGUCCAUCCUCAUUUAUUCUCUCAGCUUCCCCCUCUCCUUUCUCCACAGCAUCGGCAGCCAUGGGCCAGGUUGGAAGCCAGCGUCUCAAGGAGCCCAGCCUGGCGGCCACUCCUGACAAAAACAGGGCCGUGAGCUUCAGCUUCGACAGUUACCAGCCGGAGGAGGAGGUGGCAGCAGGGGCAGUUCAGGGCCAGGGCAAGAGAACCAGGGGAGUCCCAACUUUCAUGGACCCCAUGGUGGAGGAGCCGGUGCCAGAUGACCGCUACCACGCAAUCUACUUUGCAAUGCUGCUGGCUGGUGUGGGUUUCCUGCUGCCGUACAACAGCUUCAUCACCGAUGUGGACUACCUGCACCACAAGUACCCAGGGACCUCUAUUGUGUUUGACAUGAGCCUUACCUACAUCUUGGUGGCCCUGGUGGCUGUGCUCCUGAACAACGUCCUGGUGGAGAGACUGAGCCUGCACACCAGGAUCACCGCAGGCUACCUCUUAGCCUUGGGCCCCCUCCUCUUUAUCAGCAUCUGUGAUGUCUGGCUGCAGCUCUUCUCCCAUGACCAGGCUUACGCCAUCAACUUGGCCGCUGUGGGCACCGUGGCCUUCGGCUGCACAGUGCAGCAAUCCAGCUUCUAUGGGUACACGGGAAUGUUACCCAAGAGGUACACACAGGGAGUGAUGACCGGGGAGAGCACAGCAGGGGUGAUGAUCUCCCUGAGCCGCAUCCUCACCAAGCUGCUGCUGCCGGACGAGUGGGCCAGCACGCUCAUCUUCUUCCUGGUCUCCGUGGGCCUGGAGCUGCUCUGCUUCCUGCUGCACAUGCUGGUGCGGCGCAGCCGCUUCGUGCGCUACCAUACCACCCGGCCCCGUGACAGUCGCACGCACCGCCGGGGCUCAGGCUACUGCGUACACCACGACGUGGCCACCGGGGACAUCCACUUUGAGCACCAAGCCCCAACCCUGGCCAACAGCGGGUCCCCAAAAGACAGCCCAGCACAUGAGGUGACCAGUGGUAGGGGAGGGGCUUACGUGCGCUUCGAUGUGCCUCCGCCCAGAGUCAAGCGGAACUGGCCCACAUUCAGAGCCCUGCUGCUGCACCGCUACAUGGUGGCACGCGUCAUCUGGGCCGACAUGCUCUCCAUCGCCGUCACCUACUUCAUCACGCUGUGCCUGUUCCCCGGCCUCGAGUCUGAGAUCCGCCACUGUGUCCUGGGCGAGUGGCUGCCUAUCCUCAUCAUGGCUAUCUUCAACCUCUCGGACUUUGUGGGCAAGAUCCUGGCGGCCCUGCCCGUGGACUGGCGGGGCACCCAUCUUCUGGCCUGCUCCUGCCUGCGCGUCAUCUUCAUCCCCCUCUUCAUCCUGUGCGUCUACCCCAGCGGCACGCCCGCCCUCCGCCACCCAGCCUGGCCCUGCGUCUUCUCCCUGCUCAUGGGCAUUAGCAAUGGCUACUUCGGCAGCGUGCCCAUGAUCCUGGCGGCUGGCAAAGUGAGCCCCAAGCAGCGGGAACUGGCAGGGAACAUCAUGACCGUGUCCUACAUGACAGGGCUGACGCUGGGCUCUGCUGUGGCCUACUGCACCUACAGCCUCACACGGGAUGCCCCCAGCAGCUGCUUCCACACUGACAUCACCAACGGCUCCCUCCCCACUGGCCUCUGACUGGGCCUGGGCUGGCCCCUGCCAAGGGAGGGCCACUUGGCUCAGGCCUCAGCCUCUUCACCCCCAGGCCUGAGGGCCCCUCCCCAUCCCUGCCUGCAGUGCCUGCGGGGGCCCCCGGCCUCCUCCUGUGCCAAUCACACCACCUUCGCUGGGUCCAGCGCACCCAUCACUCUGGCCCCAGAGUUCUGCCAGAUUCUGUGGGGCCCGGGGCUCUGCCCAGCACUGUGGUCUGUGUUCUCCAUCUCCAGCUGGCUCCUCACUGUCCGUCUAUGUCCCGUGACCCCCACUGUACCCAGGCCAGUGCUCCAUGGGGUCAGAUUCUCAGACGUCCCCACCCAGGAGAGACCCCCAGCCAGAAGCCGGGGCACACAAUGUCCCCCACCUGGUGACCCACCCCAGGCUCUGCUCUGAGGGCCCCACAGCCCUGGGCACACCAGCCACAGUUUUCCUUUCACCAGGAAGUCCCCUCAUGAGCCAUCAGCAGAGAGGGCAGUUCCAGCCUUGUCACUCCAAGGGCCGCUGCCCCUCCAGCCCCUCCUCUGAAAUCCUGGUUAUCCUAAACUUUUGUGAUGAAGGAACUGCAGCCCUGGGUCUGAACAGACUCAGACCGCCGUCUGCAAUGGCUUCUUGGGGACCGUGGCAACUGUGUGUCCUGGGCACGCCCACCCCAGCUGCCACAUGCCCAGAGCCCCCCAGCACCCACCUGAUGCGAUGAGCCAGGGGGCACUGGGCCUGACUGGGGGACCUCCAUGGCCUUCCCUGACUUCCAGGUGAUACAGGAGA